ACCCACGAAAGUAGCCUAUUGGGAUUUGGGAGAAGAGCAGGAAUAACAAAAACAAAAGAAAGAAAGGCGUUUCUCCUUUUGGCUUUGUCUUUUUCUCUUUCUUUAGAGUAAUAUACAAGCGAGUUUGGUUUAUUAUAGUAUUUAUAUAUAUUUACAACAUUUAUCUAAUGACGUCUUAGAUAAUUAGUUGCUGUGGGGUUUUUGACGCUGUGCCUAACUCAAUCUUGCAUCUGUAGAAAAAGGGAAAAGAAGAGUUUUCAGAAGAUGGGUUCUUAUGGAAUGUUUGCCAGAAGGAUUGUGGAGACUGAUAUACCAAUCAUGGUUCAGUGUCAUAUUUGGUGGGUGAAGUGUUUUGGAAGAAAGUGUUUGUUGGUUUUUGAAGAUGUUGAGGGGUGGUUGGUGUUGUUGCAGAUACAGGAAUUGAUCCGAGGAGCUAAAAAUUCUAUGUCACUGGCUCAGGGAGUUGUAUACUGGCAACCACCCAAACAGGCACUGGAUAAGGUUAAAGAACUUGUGGAGGAUCCUUCAAUUAGUCGUUAUGGUGCUGAUGAAGGUCUUCCUGAACUUAGAGAAGCAUUGAUAAGAAAGUUGCGUCAAGAGAAUAAUUUGCACAGGUCUUCAGUGAUGGUUACUGCAGGAGCAAAUCAGGCAUUUGUGAAUCUUGUUCUCACGUUGUGUGAUGCGGGGGAUUCCGUAGUCAUGUUUGCUCCAUACUAUUUCAAUGCCUACAUGUCCUUCCAGAUGACAGGUGUCACAAAGAUACUGGUGGGUCCUGGUAAUCCAAAGACUCUUUAUCCAGAUGCAGACUGGUUAGAAAGGACAUUACAGGAAACUAAACCUGUUCCAAAGCUUGUUACCGUUGUUAAUCCUGGCAACCCAUCUGGGACCUACAUUCCCGAGCCACUACUUAAGAGGAUCUCUGAUUUAUGCAAAAAUGCUGGUUGCUGGCUGGUUGUAGAUAAUACAUAUGAGUAUUUUAUGUAUGAUGGUCUAAAACACUCCUGCCUGGAAGGAAAUCACAUAGUCAACAUCUUUUCUUUUUCAAAAGCCUACGGGAUGAUGGGAUGGCGAGUUGGAUAUAUUGCAUACCCCACAGAAGUGCAUGGCCUUGCAACUCAACUUCUCAAAGUUCAAGACAACAUACCUAUCUGUGCUUCCAUAAUUUCGCAGCGACUUGCCUUUCACUCUUUAGAAGUGGGACCUGAAUGGGUACUUGAACGAGUCAAAGAUCUUGUGAAGAAUCGAGAAAUAGUUGUAGAAGCACUCUCACCGUUGGGAGAAGGUGCUGUACAGGGUGGAGAAGGCGCUCUUUACUUGUGGGCAACUUUACCAGAGGAAUAUGUUGAUGAUGUCAAGGUUGUUCACUGGCUUGCUAACAGGCAUGGGGUUAUUGUGAUCCCAGGAACUGCAUGUGGCUCCCCAGGGCAUUUAAGGAUUUCCUUUGGUGGGCUGAUAGAGGAUGAUUGUAGAGCAGCUGCAGAGAGGCUGAAGAAAGGAUUAGAAGAAUUGGUGAAAGAUGGAAUGGUGCAGUAACUAUAUUUUUCAUUUAAUUGAGAUGACAGAAUUGGGUCCAUUCACCAGUUUUAAGUUUUAGAACUGGUUCAUUUGAAUAAUUGUUGGGUAUCUACCUGCUAAGGUGUUCAAAAUUAGAGCUGCAGCUUCAGUUGUCUAUAUUGGCAAAGUACUUUAACUGAUACCUUCAUAAAUUGCGCACAUUGAUGUUUAAUACAUGCAGACUCUUUACAA